GCGCAGCCGGCGCAGGGCGCGCAGCCGAGCGGAGCUGAGCUGGGAGCCGCGGCGGGCGCGGGUCGGGCUGCGCGGGUCCGCCAUGGUGGGUCGGCUCAGCCUGCGGGAGGUGGCCGAGCUCCCGGACAUGAGGAAGCGGGGAGACGCGGGGCUUGACAGCCCCGACUCCGGGCUGCCCCCCAGCCCCGGGCCCGCCCCCCCGCCCUGGCUCCUCUCCUCGGGGAGUCCCGACCGCGCAGCGACCAACGGGCUGCCGGAGCCCGACCUGCCCGCGCCCGCCGCCGCGCAUUCUGUGUUCUCCCCCAGCCCUGUUCUCUCCAGCUGCCAGCCAAGGCUGUGUCCUUUAUCCUUUGGCGAAGGAGUUGAGUUUGACCCUUUACCACCAAAGGAAAUAAGGUACACGUCCUCGAUUAAAUACGAGUCGGAGAAGCACUUCAUUGACGACAUCUAUAUGCCAGUGGGCUUAAGCAUUUCCUCGUGCAGCCAGACAGUCAUCUGUGUCCCGGACUGCACGUGGCGCAGUUACAAAGCAGAGGUUCGCUUCGAGCCCCGCAACAAGCCCCAGCGCUUCACCAGCACCACCAUCAUCUACCCCAAGCACGCCAAGACUGUGUACACCACCACGCUGGACUACAACUGUCGGAAGACCGUGCGGCGGUUCCUCUCCAGCAUAGAGCUGGAAACCUCAGAGUGCCUGGGCAACGACUGUGUGCUGGAUGGCUGCUGACUGACGGCCGUCUCCUCUGGCUCUGAUCCAUCCUGGUCCUGAUAACGUACUGUGCUAACUCCCCACUAGCUAAACUGGGUGCAGACUUUAACUUUCCAGUCAGGCUAAGGGGACCUUACCAUUUCCUCAGCUCUUAACUCCUGCUUUAAGCAUCAGAAUGGCCUGAACGCAGUUUUCUGUGGGAACAUAACUUAGUAAGGAAAUUGUUUCUUUGCCUCUGAAGCCGUGAGUUCCCUCCCCUUCCCUGCAGUGCAGUUAACCAGGCGAAAAUAACGGGAAGUGUUUUCCCAGAUCAAAAAUUAACAGGUAAAAAAGAAGGUGGAAUAGUGCCAGGCAGGUGGGAAUCUGUUUGAUGCUUUGUGGUCAUGUGCAAAAAUAAGUGUGGUUUGCUCUCUUGCAGAGAAUCUACCAGGUGAUUUGGUUACAGAUAGCCAGAGCUGUCAUUCGUUUCAGUUUACAUCAUGAGACAACGUUUUCUCUAGAAGAACCAUCUGCUGGGAAUUGCUGGGAAAAGCCAACAGUGAAAAAUCUGGAGUUGUGCAUUUAACAGAUACAGAAAUGUUAACCGAGAGCAUUCAUGUCCAGUUUGAAGGUGGGAGUUGGAAAGAAGGGGAAUUCUGAGUACAGCAGGAGAGAAACUGUUUCUGCAGCUCUAGGCAGCAAGAGAAAAAGGACCAGGCAGUUGGGGUUCCUUUAGAUGAAUGGCACAAUGUAUCUUCUGUACUUGUUGUGACUUCUGCAGUCUGUGAUUCACCAGCACUUGUCUGUGUGUAGCAGGACUUGUGAUGAAGCAUAUCAGGCCCCAAAUUGUCCCUGUUGGAAAGUCAGGUGUUGACAGUGUGCUGGUGGAAGGGUGCCAGUGCUUAGUUUGUACUGUUGGGCUGUCUGCACUAAGGGAGUUGUAACUAGGAGGCUUUCAGAAAAUGCACCGUGUGUACAGGGACCUGGAACAGAGAUGGAGAUGUCGGGAUCAGAGGCGAGACGCCGUCGUGGUGAAGGUUCUGAAGAGGCACAUGGUAGCAAAGGACAGGCAGAUUUUGAUCACAUGGCAAAAUCCACAGCUGUAGCUCUGCUUCCCCAUUGAGCUUCUUAUUGCAAAGAUCCUCGUCCUCUCUGGACUGUGGUAUUCAGGAUGUCACUGGGAUGGGGUAGCACCUGCCUGUCUGCAGGCUGCUGGAUAACCCCUCCAGUCCCAAGUGCAUGACAAGUUUGGGGACCAAAGGGAAUAGCUUCAGAUACUAUGAAAGUCCAUCUGGAUGUUAUGUGCAUUAGUUUAUCACGUGCUUUGAUGAAAAUAAGACAGAGAGGUUUCUUACUUUACCCAGAUGGGUUCUUUUCUGUGUUGAGAGAGAGCAGUGUGGAGAGCAUCUGCUUUCAGAAGCGUGGCUUACAUUGGUGGCUAGCAUGGUGUAACAGCUCAGCAACACUUGGGAGAUCUGCCUUAUCUGGAGAUGGCUUUUGCAUGUAUUUCAAAACUCCUCUGAGGUGUGGAUCACACAUCAGCCCUGGAUCUGCUUUUAAAGAGGACUUUACAACAGCAGAACCCCAGGGGUGACUUUGGUCUGGGGUCAGUUAGAAAUGUGGGAGCCUGUUCUUGAGCUGUACUUAACGUGUGUUUGUGCAGGUGUGGUGAGAGGUGUGGAAGUGUACCCUAGCGUGGGCUGAAAGGAUUUUGGAGACUGAAAAUGCAUCAAGAAGGAGUUUGGGGGCUUUUGUUUUGGCUUUUUUACUUAUUUAUUAGCUCAGAACAGAAUGUCCUUCAUCUUUAGUACCUGCCUCAGAAAACCAGAUCCUUAAAGAAUCCCAGAGGGUGCCAAAGACAGAUAGACAUUGCUCCAGAGUUGUGAAGAGCACCAGUCUUCCCAAUCAACACGUUGGUUUCAUAUUACAGUACUUAGGAGAUGUGUCUUGGAAGACAUUUUGCAGUUCUCCCCUAAACUUUGCCUCAAGAUACACUGGUGUAACAGAAGGCUCAGCUCCUGAGUGUGGGGGGGUUUCAAAUGGACAGAACUCCUCUUUGGGAAAGCUGUUGCAUCAUUGCAUGCUUCACAGUUUCAUGUACCUUGCUCCUGAAACCUCUGCUGCUGGCCACAGGUUGCUGGAAGAACACGAGCCCUGGAUUGCUCCAACAAUGCUCUUCCAAUUAACUCAUUUGUGGGAGAUCUAAGGGAAGAUGAUGUUAAGCUGUAAUGGUUAAAUGUCCCUAGUUAGAAAUGAAAUGAUCCUUAUGCUACGGUUUUGGGAUAAAGCACCUGAUUUUAUAGAGCAAACAAACUUAAUUAUGUGCCUCUUCAAACUAUUUUAGUUGGUAGAGAUACCUUUUAAAUUAUUUAUGUCCCAACAUUUGCAAAGCUCUGAUUAGCUCACUGCAAGUGUUCUGAUGUCUGUGACAUUUCCCACCCACCCCCCCUUUCUCAUUUUCAAUUUGUCUUUUACUUUAUUGAUAAUAAAUGAUCUGAAAACCA